UCCUCUUCUUCGGAUAGGAGGCAGCGGUCGCUCACUCAGUCGCUCUCUCGCCGGCGAUGGACGUGGCGGGGGCGCAGGCGCGCGCGCUGCCGCUCCUCCUCGGCCGGACGGCCGCCUUCCUCCGGUGCUCCGUCUCGUUCUCCUGCGGCGGCGCGCGGCGGAGCUGGGCGUCCUCCGCCACGGCGGAUGGGGAGGACGGCGGCCAAGACUACGAGCGGGUGGCCAUGGACACCCCCGGCGCGUACUGGCUCGUGGACUGGAGCACCGGGAAGAGCGUCAUCGUGUGGGGCGGCGUCGAUGACGGCGAGGAGCCCGGCGUGCCGUCCUCGGCGGUCCUCUCCAGGGUCACCGCCGACCGCUCCGCCCCCAAAGGUUCGGCAUCUAUUUGGCAAUGUCAAAUUUGUUAGGAAAAUUUUAGCAAAAUUGUUCAUCGAUGAGUUAACUUUAGCCGAAAUUUCAAGAAAUUUGUAGUGCUUGAGAGUGAAAUGUGUUACUUUUCCUUGAAGAAAAUGGGACAAUUUUUUACACUACAGGUGCAGCAAAUGGGGGGAAUAAUGCAGGUGUCGGGAGCUUCGGAAGACUGAAGGCCCAGAAAGUGCAGGCUUUAGCUAGGAGAUCAGCAGUCCGCACAAGCAUCGCACGGCGUAGUGAAUCUUCUUAUGCUGAUUCUGAUGAAGAUGGAAGCAAAUCUGGAAGAAGGAAGUUUGUCCCCGACCCAGCACGCCGCGCAAAACAAAAUGAUGACUCUAGGGAUGAGAGG